AUGAAUUCAAAUGAACAGACUAAAUUCGUAUUUCUUGUUGUUUUGAAUUUCUCUCUAGCUUUCACGUAUUUGAUGAAAACAUCUGACAUUCGAAUUACUCAAAAAACAUUACCAUCACUCUUUUAUGGCAUUGUUACAACUCAAAGUUCAGCAGGUCGACAAAGAAAGAUGAUGAAAAAUUGGAUGAAAAAGAUUUUUUACCCUCACGAUUAUGCUUUUAUAACAGAAAUUCCACUUGGGCCAAAUUUAACAUAUCAUUAUCUUCCUCCUUAUCAAAAAUACCUACGACAUAAAAGCGCACAUGGCAAGUGGCUUACACCUCAUCAAGAUCGAGGUUCAAGAAGAAUGACAGGAAUGGAAUAUUUUUAUUACAAUACAACAAUAGACUAUUAUUGGUCAAUGACAGAUGACAUUCCUGUAGAUUACGAAUCUAUUAAUAGACUUUUAUAUUAUUUAAAGAGAAAUUAUGAUCCAAAUAGUGACAAUGUUUUUAUCGGCCAUUGGAUGCGUCGAUUCCUUCAAGGUGGUACCGGAUUUAUAAUGUCUAGAAAAGCUGCUGGUAUUGUCCUUCAACAUGGUGAAGAAUGGAUUAAAAAUAUGCAAAGAGAAGACGAUGUUGAACUAGAAAGAAUGAGAGAAUGGCUAAAUUUAUCUCCAGAACAAUGUGGAUCACCGUUUUGCUUUGGAGAAGAACCAACAAUGUUCACUGACGAAAAUUUGUGGAAAACAAACUUUGAUAAAUGUAAAAAGCCACAAGAACCAUACAGCCCUCUAUAUAAGUUGGCAGACCUUAUUGCUCUUCAUGCCCGCUCUGUGGAUGUUGAAAAGGCAAUGAAUAACUUAAUAAAAGCGAAGAAAAUGCGGAAUAAUCUAUACUUUACUCAGUAUGGGACUAGUUUGUUGAUAUGCGAAGGAAAACCAUAUUCAAUGGAUAUUUUUGAUUCUGAAUUAGUAUAA